GGGUGGGUCCUUUCUGUCGCAAUGUGGGGAAGCCGCAAGCUGAUCUCCUCCGGGAGUCGUUUUUUAGGAGUGCGAAGGUCUGGGUGCCGGGUCGCACAGGCUGACUGUCCGCGCUCCACCGCGUCGGCAGGUCUAGAAAUUGGGAAGUCCAAGAUUCUGUGUCUGGUGAGAGCCCACUUCCGGGUUCGUAGAUGGAACUUUGUUGCUGUGCCCUCACAUGGUAGAAGGGUUUAUUCAGAGAACCAGCUCAGUUGGACUCUACCAAUUAAACCGUGGAUUUUCAGUGAAUAUAGAAUCAUGUGGUUUAAAUCCUGUAAAAUGACUUUUGUCUGUUUUAAUAGAAUGAAAAGUUACAGGUACCCUUGGACAAGACUGUACAGCACUUCUGGAACCACUGUAGACAGCAGUGAGGUGAAAACCUUCCUGGCCCUGGCUCACAGGUGGUGGGAUGAGCAAGGAGUGUAUGCGCCUCUUCAUUCUAUGAACGACCUGAGGGUGCCAUUCAUUAGAGACAAUCUUUUGAAAACAGUUGCUAAUCACCAGCCAGGAAAACCUUUGUCUGGGAUGAAGAUUCUUGAUGUUGGCUGUGGUGGUGGAUUGUUAACUGAACCUCUAGGGCGGCUUGGGGCUUCAGUUAUUGGAAUUGAUCCUGUGGCUGAGAACAUUGAAACAGCGCAGCGCCAUAAAUCAUUUGAUCCGGUUCUGGAUAAGAGGAUAGAGUACAGAGCCUGUGCCCUGGAAGAGAUUGUGGAAGAAACUGCAGAAACGUUUGAUGCUGUCAUAGCUUCUGAAGUUGUAGAGCAUGUGACUGAUCUAGAAACAUUUAUACAGUGCUGCUGGCAAGUGUUGAAACCCGGUGCUUCUUUAUUCAUUACUACAAUCAACAAGACACAGCUGUCCUAUGCCUUGGGAAUUGUUUUUGCAGAGCAAAUUGCAGGUAUUGUACCAAAAGGUACUCAUACAUGGGAGAAGUUUGUUUCACCGGAAAUGCUCGAGAGCAUUCUGGAAUCAAAUGGUCUGUCUGUUCAAACGGUGGCAGGAAUGUUCUACAACCCCUUCUCCCGGUACUGGCAUUGGAGUGAGAACACCAGCCUUAACUAUGCAGCUCAUGCUGUGAAAUCCGGGGCUCAGGAACACCAGGUGCCUGCGGAGUCUGUUCUAAAGGAGGAAACCGAAGAGCUCCAAGCUACAGCCUCCACCAUCGCAGGUGUGCGCGAAGAGGUGAAGAAAUGAAUUGUUUCUAAGGACUGUAGUAAUAUGACUUGAAUGUCUGAUGUUUACAAAUAUGAAAAAUAGGUAAUUUAUCUUUUGAGAGAGGAUCAUGAAGAAAAGAAAGUCAAUAAAAAGAGCUAAAACCUUGGA